AUGGGCCUCUUCCACCGAUCCCUCCUGCUUCCCCUCGUCAUCGCAGCCAAGCCGCCCAAUGCUACGGUGGGGUACCCUCAACUGUACCUGCAGACUCCAGAAUCACAAAACAAGGGUCGUGGCGGUUUCAUCGCCUGCAGGCCUGAUCCCUGUUACCGCAGUGACAGGGGCAAGCAAUCGCUGCAGCUCGUCCGACAGGUGAUUGAUAUUCCGAUGGGUGUCUAG